AUGGGAGAUAACAUGUCCAAGCGACUGAAGCUGAUCUCAGCGACAGAGGCAGAGAUGGAGGAGCGCUCGUUUCCAAACCCGUACCCUGACUGGGACCAAGGACUCCUCACCUCCAACUCCGGAGCAGACGGAGAUUACAAUGAGCCAUUUGACGCAGAAGGAAAGGUGAGCGCAGUAUUCCAGAAGAAAGUCCAGAAUAAGAUCAAAGAUCUCCUCCAGCAGAUGGAGGAGGGCCUGAAGACGGCCGACCCCCAUGACUUCUCCACGUACACCGGCUGGACAGGCAUUGCCUUGCUGUACCUCCAGCUGCACCGGGUGUCCCAUGAGGCCUCCCACCUGCAGAGGGCACUGGACUAUGUGAAGAGGGCCAUGAGGAUCCUGAAUGGGCGAAAAGUGACCUUCCUGUGUGGCGAUGCCGGGCCGCUUGCCGUGGGCGCGGUGGUCCAUCACAAACUGAACAACACUGCUGACAGCAAAGACUGCCUGUCCAGGCUCCUGCAGCUGCAGCGGUCAGUGCUGAGUCCAGACUCUGAGAUGCCAGAUGAGCUGCUGUACGGCCGGGCCGGCUACCUUUACUCUCUGCUCUUCAUUAACAAAGAGAUAGGAGCUGACACGGUGGACGAGGGCACCAUUACACAGGUGGUCACGGCAAUUUUGGAAUCAGGGAAGAAUAUGUCGGCAGAGCAGAAGAAGACAGAUCGCUGCCCUCUGCUCUAUGAAUGGCACAAGAAGCAGUACAUUGGUGCUGCCCAUGGCAUGGCUGGCAUCUAUUACAUGCUCAUGCAGCCAGGAGCAAAGGUCAAUCCAGACAUCCUGUCAGACGUGGUCCGUCCCAGCAUCGACUACGUCCGCCACAAGAAGUUUCGGUCCGGGAACUUCCCAUCAUCACUGAGUAAUGAGAGCGACCGGCUGGUUCACUGGUGCCACGGAGCCCCUGGUGUCAUCCAUAUGCUCAUCAUGGCUUAUAAGGUGUUCAAAGAAGAGAAGUACUUGAAGGAAGCUGCAGAAUGCGCUGAGGUGAUCUGGCACCGGGGCCUGCUCAGAAAAGGCUACGGUAUCUGCCACGGCACCGCUGGCAACGGCUACGCCUUCCUGUCCCUUUACAAGCUCACCCAGGAGAAGAAAUAUCUGUACCGUGCCUGCAAGUUUGCUGAGUGGUGUUUGGCCUAUGGGACCCACGGCUGUCGCAUCCCAGACAGACCCUACUCUCUUUUCGAAGGUAUGGCAGGGGCCAUCUACUACCUGUCAGAGGUAGCAAACCCUGAUGCCUCCUGUUUCCCUGCCUUUGAACUUUGACCUACCAACUGACGGGACUGAGGGAGAUGAAGAGGGACGGAGACAAACUGUUGUGGAAGUUAUCUGGAGGCUUCGCUCAAAUGCUGGACAAGGAUCUAUUUGUGAGAAAGCUUUCAACCGUGGUCACGAGGGAGUGAACAAAAUUCAACUGAAAAUGAAGAUCAGGCUGGAACUGAGCACAGUGGGUGUGAUUGAUUGUUUGUGGGAGUAAACAUGGUUUGAUUUAUGGAAUUGAAAACAUAUACAAGAAGAUUAAGCAAGGACUAUUUCAGGACAAAACUAAGGGUUGAAUGUUGUUGAUCCAGUGAAAAUACAAGCAGCAGGUGGACUGAAGAAGAUGAUGUUGAUGGAUAUUUCCCUUCUGGAUAUGGACACUGUGGGGCCGAUCAUAGGGACACUGUCAAAUCAAGUGAGUCCAUAAGCUCUAAGGUCCCCUGUCAUCCACCAGUGUGUUGGGGUGACGACAUGGACCCCAUGUCUCCUCCUCAGCUAUUACAGUUUCUUGCCAGCUGGCAAGGACACAGAAGAACACACUGUACACCCUCAGCCUUUCAUAUCGUAGUACUUAGGCCGAGAAAGAGGGUGUGUGUGUGUGGAUGUGUAUGUGUGUGAAGUGAACUAAAGCUGUUUUGGUAUUUCUAUGCCUCUGCAUGCUCACUGUACUUGGUUCUUGGUGCCUCAUGUCCUGUUAAUGUAGUGCUUUUCCACAGUGUGUCAUUUUACAAAGCCUUCGAACGUUGAUAGAAAGCCUUCGUUUGCCUGUUCUCAAACUAGUCUAUAGUGUUAGCUACUCUAUCAGUUAGCUAUUAGUUAUUUAAGCCUGAGUUUUUUGACAGUAAGCCCCUUUCCAGGAUACGAAAGCUUGGCAGCUCGUUAGCUGGCUAGCUAGUGAGCUAGCUAGUUAAACAGUGAUCUACCGUCUGUUGUUUUUUUUACCCCCAAAUGAAGCAGAAGCUUUUAUCCCACAAUGUGACAAGUGUCUAAUGAAUUGAACUGAAAGUUAGAAUAAUGUACUGAAAUGUUUUUUUUUUAUGCUACCAGAAAAAAGGCCUUGUUUUCCAUUGGUGGCAUUUCUACUGAAACCAGCCCACGCUAGCUGGUUAGCUUGCAUCUAGCAGCACGCAUUGGCUUUCAGUUUAGUAUCAAAGUAUUUAAAAGUUAAUAAUUCAGUUGCUGGUAUUGCCACACAAGGAUUUGGGUGUAAUAUAUUAUGUGGCACAUGAUGCUUUAAUACUGUGUGGGUUAAUGGAAAAGGACUGAAAUUGUUAUUAUUUGAAUGUCCACUGUUGUCAGCUCAAGUACACGUGUUGCUACCACAGCCUAUGCUAAGCCUGUUUUAUUUUGUGACUCUGCAUCACUUCGGUUCCCCUCGUUACCUGUAAUCUACUGCUGCUUUGAACAGGUGUGAAAUCAGACAUUGCGUGUUUUUGAUCAGAAGUGGAAACAAAAAUGGAAGUGCUGAAGCUCAUUGGUCUGUGUGUCAUUUGGUUUUGAUUGGCAGGUAGAACCUUACACCUGAGGUUAGAGCUUCUACAUUGUUGUUUAAUUAAACCGAACAUGUCGUCUUGAGUAUAUUAACUAACUACUAACUGAACCCUCAAAGUGAUGUCUGCAUUGUCAGCUAAAACAGAAAGUCCCCGUCUUUACUUUUUUUUUCCACCAUCUAGAAUCAAGACAGGAUGUUGAUGCUAUUUAGGCUCAGGCAUCAUUUAGCUUCAGUAUCCUAUCAGAGCUAAGCCUAAGAAUGUCACGUUUUCUAAAUAAGAAAUAAUUAUUUGAAGUAAUCCAAACAUUUACUGAAUAAGCAAAUGCAUAAAAACACAUUCACAUUUGUCCUUAUCAUUAAGAUCAUCAUAAUUUAGGAUGUGUUGUGUUCACAUUGUUUUGCGGAAAGCUGAAAGCUAAUUGAAAUUUAAAGCCAUUGAAACAACUGAAUAUGCUAAUAGCAUUUCAGUAGCUGGACAGUUUCCUUUCACAUGAAUAAGGUUAUUCAUUUUAAGCAUGUAUAAAAAAUGUGCAAGUAUAUUAAGAAAAAUUACACCAGAUACGCCAAAUAUUUAUUUUGUGUAGCAUUGUUUUAAGUUUUUACUUUAAGUACCGUUUAUAAAUGUAUUUUACUAGCAGACAAAACAACACACACAGAAAUUAAAUGAAUGAUUUGGAUUUUUAUUUUUGUUUAUUUUUGAUUUGGCAAGGCCCUCAAUACAAAAUAAAUGCUGAGAAGUGAUUAAUGACUCAGCAUUAUGCUGUUUUCAGACUUUAUAUUAGGUAGCUGACAUGAUUUAGUCCAGAGUUCAAUAUGUCACUUUUUUUGCAAAGCUUGAAUACGACCCUGAUCUUAGGUGGUAGCCAUCAUGGUCAGUGUGGCACCUACGUGGAGAUCAAACAGUAAUAACGAGGUGGUAAAAGUAUACAGUUUAUCCAGUAAAUCCCGACAGCACAUGAAUGCCCAUAAACGGCUAAUUCUCUUGCAAAGAUCAUGAUUGUUUUUUGCAUGAGGAUAAUGUCACAUAUAAAAAUGUGUGUGUUCAUCUGUCAGAGUGUGUCCAGGUCGUGUUCAGUUGUGAUUUGUAUCCUGGUGUUGAGGAGUGUGUGACCUUUGUCGCUGUGUGUGUAUUUGGUUUGCUUUCAGCCUAAUUGGUGUCAAGAUAUGAGUGUGUGUUUAUUAUUCCUCAUUAAACUACUGAGCUCCAGUGACGGCAGCAGCAGUCAAGUAAGGUGUCUUCAUUGUUCUUCUUAUCUUGCUUUUUGCCUAGUCAGUGCUUAUAAAGAAUUAAUGCAAGGUUUGAUAAUGUUAAAAAUAAAGAAUGAGUAGAGUUCCUGUACCUCUUGUUUGUUCUUUUUAUUAUCAUUAUGUUACAUAAACCUACUUAAUUUAUUCUCUUUUUUAGAAAUACAGUCACAUGUGUUGGAUUGUAAAAGAGGAGAAGUUGGGGAUACAUUUAAAGUGUAUGGAAUUAUAUUUGUGUUUCAAUUUCUUAAUGCAAUGAGCACAGACUUGACAGUCUUAAAAAGUUUUUUUUUAUAGCCUCAGAAGACCUCUCACAAAAAGUGUGAAGUUUCCUUAGUUAAUCCAUUCAUCAAUUUUCUCUUGAUUAUUUGUAUCCAGGUCACAUUAAUUGUAUCAGUAAGAUUUAUUAUUGCAUACAGCUGGGAAGUAGUGACAAAAAUGUGAUGUAAA